AAGUCGAGCGAGGUUGUUCGUCCUCGACAAGUUUAAUGUUGUAUGUUAAUUUUUGAAGUGGCUUAGUUUUUUUAAUUCUUGUUCUCAUACAUACAUUUGUUUUCUGUAUGAACGAACAGUGCAUUUAGCAAUAACUACCAUGAUUUCUUCUUUCAGCAAAGUGGAUGAAUAUGGUUUUGAGAGACCAGAUGACUUUGAUUACAAGGCUUAUGAAGCCUUUAUGUCAAGGUAUAUGGCAAUUUUAGCAAGGCGAGCUAUAAGGUGGAAUUUGAUUCUAACCCAACAGAGCUUACCUGAUGGUGGGACUAUGAAAAGAUUUGUAAGAAAAGGAGUUCCAGCACAGUACAGAGGCAAGGUUUGGAUGAUGACAAGUGGUGCAAAUUUUUUGAAAUCUCGUCAGCCAAAUCUGUAUCAGGACUUGAUAAGUGACACUAGCCAUCAAAAUUGGGAUGAAAUCAUACAAAAUGACCUCAACCGUACAUACCCAGACAAUAUAUACUUUGUACCAUCCUCAGAUGGUAAACUUAAUUCAUUGUAUAAUAUUUUACGAGCCAGUGCAAGACAUAACACGUCAGUUGGAUACUGCCAGGGUUUGAAUUAUGUUGCUGGCCUUUUGCUGAUAGCAACCAAAGAUGAGGAACAGUCGUUCUGGCUUUUGACAGUGUUAAUCCGCAAUAUCUUGCCCAGCUACUACUCUUCGAACAUGCAAGGAUUAAUCACUGAUAUCGCUGUUUUAGGAGAACUAGUCCACUCAAAGUCUUCUAAAGUGGAUCGUCUUUUAAAAGAUCUUAACUUACCUUGGCCAAUUCUUGUCACUAAGUGGUUCAUUUGCCUUUUUGCUGAAGUCUUGCCGGUUGAGACAGUGCUAAGGGUAUGGGAUUGCAUGUUUAAUGAAGGUUCGAAGAUUGUCUUCCGAGUGGCUCUCACCUUGAUCAAAAUGAAUGAAAAAGAAUUGUUGCGUUGUACGGAUUUCGGAGAUAUGGCCGAACUGUUCAAACAAAUCACUCGUAACUCUUCAGUUCUCGAUUGCCACCAAUUCAUUGAGGUCAUGUUUAAACUUCCCGGCUCUCUGUCUUCAGCAAAAAUCGAUAGCCUCCGAAUGCGAUUUCGUCAAGUGAACGUCAGGUAAACUUGACCAAAACCAAAAACCAAAAGUGCUUCUUUUUUCCCUCGCCACGAAAAUGUUUCGCGAGGCGGCUUCGAAAGGCCGUAUCUCGAACCUUAAGUGCUGUUGGCUGCUUCCAAUAGUUCAAAUUUGAAAUUCGAUAUCAAUCGUUCUUGCUAUUCUAGACCUCAUAAAAUGAUGUCUGAUAAUGUGCUACUACUACUUUUUGAGUGGGAAAAGUAAUUAUAAUACGAAUAACUUGCCAAGUUUCAUUUAGAACUAGCCUGUCUGAGCAUUCACUAUGCUGUGUGAUUUAGAGGUGACUAAUAUUAUUUUUACUUCUGACAAGUUUCCUUGUAUUAUGCAAGGUCAACGCGUUUCAUCACGUGAUUUUUUUUUCUCAUUGUAUGGCCAUUGAAAGUAUUAUGGUAUUAUUGCUGUGUUAACCAUUACCACUGGUAUUGAGCUUAUAGUAUUCUUUGUAUCCUGGUCACUCUGAUUUGGCUGUAAUUUUUGAAUGACUAGUCUCAUGGAAUAGAGCAAUGGAGUGAAAAGGAA